GAGAGUCCUAGCAGGGAGGCUUGACAAGGAUCUGCUUGGAGGGGGAUUGAGUGGGGUUUUCCUGCACUCUCAGCCCCCUUAAUGUCUUAUGAUUGAGGUGUGAGAGAGCCCAGGAGGAAGACCCCCAGCUUAUUAUUAUCACUAUUAUCAUUACUCUACUACCACUAGCUGCCAUGGAAGAACUCACUGCUUUUGUGUCCAAAUCGUUUGAUCAGAAGAUAAAGGAGAAGAAGGAGCUGAUCACUUACCGGGAGGUGCUGGAGAGCGGGCCGGCCCGGGGCAAGGAGCCCGGCUGCGGGGAAGGGCUCCGGGAGGACGGGGUCCCGGUGAUCCGGGGGGCAGGAGGGGGAGGCGGCGGAGGAGGAGGAGGUGGAGGAGGAGGAGGCGCCAGAUCACCAGUCCUGGAGAUCGAACUGACCGCAGACAGGAUCAGGGACCCGGGGAGCCCCAAACUCACAGAGGGUAGGUACCCACUGCUUUUAUUGUCCAUGCAUUGAUACAGUGAACCCAGGGUCCCACUAAACUAGAGACAUCCCAUAUAGUAUCCCCAAAAUAACAAACAUUACAUAUAGCAUCCCCAAAAUUACAAACAUCCUAUAUAGUAUCCCCAAAAUAACAAACAUCCCAUAUAGCAUCCCCAAAAUUACAAACAUCCCAUAUAGUAUCCCCAAAAUAACAAACAUUACAUAUAGCAUCCCCAAAAUUACAAACAUCCCAUAUAGUAUCCCCAAAAUUACAAACAUCCCAUAUAGCAUCCCCAAAAUUACAAACAUCCCAUAUAGCAUCCCCAAAAUUACAAACAUCCCAUAUAGCACCCCCAAAAUUACAAACAUCCCAUAUAACAUCCCCCAAAAUAACAAACAUCCCCUGUAGAACAUCCCAAACAACAGAACACAACAUAUCUACAGACAUCCCCUAGAGAACCCCCAGAACUGCAUAUACCCCAUGUCUAAGAAUCAUAUAGCGAGAGAUCACCUCCAGACUAGACACGUCCCACAUAUAACAACCUAAAACUACAUCCACACACAGUAUAUAGCACACCUCGUGUAAAAACAUUUUCCGGUAUUUGUUUCCUGAACUAUAAUGUUUCAUCAUGCUGUACCGAAACUAUCACUAUCUGGAAUACACAAACUAUAAAUUCCAUACAUACAGAUAUUGAACAUUCCAAAACUAUACCUAUACAUUCAGCAACACCCUAGAACUCUAUGUAGGAAUAUAAAUAUAUGUCCUGACUCCCCAAACUAACACUAUAACCAUCUUAUACACAAACUUCUAACCUUCCAUAGAGAUUCUGAAUCUUCCAAAACUCUGUGCACCCUUUAUGUAGGUACUGAAACAUCCCAGAACUAUUUACCUAUUUACCUAUUGGAUGUGAUCACCCCAAAAGCCAUAACUACUGUAUUCCUAAAUACUAAACACCCCAAAACUAUAACCACCCUAGAUUGUAGAUUUAUAUAUUAAACACUCCGAAGCUAGUAUAAUCUCUAUACUAUAUAGAUACUGAACUAUAUAUGCAAACACCCUGGUUCUGUAGCCAUACUAUACAGAGAGAAUAUAACCACGUGAUACCAAUACUAUUGUAACAUCCUACUCUAUGAACUAUUCUAUAUACAUAGAUAUUGGAACACCUAUUAAUCAUAGCCAUGAUAUAUACAUAGAUAUUAUAAUAUCUAAUAAUUCUAACAAUCCUAUACCCACUUAACAUCUCAUAACUAUGUUAGUCUCAUACAAGAUGUGCAACUCAAAACUAAAACCACUCUAUGCUUUGUGAACAUCGAAUAAUUAGUAUCACUCUGUGUAUAUGGUGAUCAGGCCAUCAUAAAACCUCUCUUUACACAGUGACCCCCAUCAUUAUGGUCAUGCCAUAUGUAACAUCUAUAGCUAUAAUCUCCAUUCAGCAAAGUUUUUUUAUUUUUUUUAUUUUUUAUUUUUUUUUAUUUAAACAGUCAUUUUGGCCUACAUUGUCACCUCAAAACAACUCACUGUUUAGUGAUUAUAUCUCAAUUUACAGUCAGGCCUCUUUGUGUGUGCCUUUUUAUGCAUCCAUUAUCAAAUGACACGUGAUCACUAAACUAUUAUUGAACAAAACUAUAAAUAGAAUCAUUAUUUUAUUUCAACUCUUUGGACCAAAUCAUGUUAAAACCAAAUAGAGGGAACUUAGUGUUUAUAGUUCUAUUAUAUAUCUUUAUAUAUAUAUAUGUUUAAUACAGGGACAAUGCACACUCUAACACAGGCAUAACAAUUAAAUGCAGUUCUACAUAACAUAAAGUAGGUAAUAUGGGUCAUCGUAUUUACAUUGUCAGGGGUUGCGUACUAACGUGAGAAUUGAAAGUGAAUUAAAAUUUAAGGCCAGAUUAUCCAACCAAAUGCAGAUUUUUUUUUUUAGUUGGGCUAGUUUAACCUUAAAUUUAAAAUUCACUUUGAAUUCUCAAUUUAGAAAAUAUCCCUAUGAUAAAGCAAUUAUACCAUCCCUUAGAUUGGUAUCCAUGAACUUGCAAAAAAAUCUAAUAAUAUAAUAUUAGCUAUUUCUACAAAAUACACAUUAUGGUUUAUUUACAGUCAAUUGUAGUGAUUUGGAACUGAAUUGCAAAGUCCAUUUUAAAAUGGCAAAGAUUUCUUGACAAUUUUCCCAAUUUUGCGGUUUUGGCCUACAUCGUAAGAUUCCGUAUAACAAUUCACUGUUUAGUUAAUAACUCCCUAUGAGAAGGUCUAGAAUGAGGGAUCGGAUUACAAACAUGAGAUAAUAACCGCCCGUAGCAGGAGCCUCCAUCUGUGCAUUAUUCUGCAGUAAUCUAUACAUUGUACAGACCUAUUGCUACACUGGCCAGUUAUCCCUUCAGAGGAGUUCUGUUACUUAUCCCCCCCCCGAGACAUCCCAUACAAAUAAUCUAUUUAUAAAGCCAAGUGAAAAUACCAUAUUAAUAGCAUGCCUCUAGCCUUUCAAUUGACAUAUAAUAUGAAAAAUUAUAUAUACAUACAGUCACAUUUAUUUAGAUUAUUAGACAGCCACAAAUUCAAUUAUUGGGUGUCUCUUACCAGAACAAGACUGAGAACAUUGAAUUUCGAUAUUCCGAACCUGUGUAGCCCAGUUACUAGCUCUGAUGCUAAAUGCAUUAAAAAAACAGCAAUUUUUUUUUAUCAUUAAUAAAAAAAUAAUCAACACACCAACAUAUUUAUAACAUUUUGAAAUUAAACAUUUUAUAUUAAAGCAGUAUACAUAUGCACAUACCUAUGAAUUGUAUACAAUAUGUACUUCUUAUCCAUAUUUAUAGAAUAUUUGUUCUUCAUUAAUGUAUUAUUAAAUAUAUUAUUUAUAGGUAUACAUAAUAUCUGUGUUCACCUUGAUUCCAUCUAAACUCCAAUAUUUGUUUAAUCAAAGCCCAGUACAAUCAGACUAUUUGAAUGUCUGCACAGGGCACAAAGUGUGGAUACAAUCAGUGGAUCUGUUUAUUUCAGACCUUUGUUUAAAUAAUAAUUCGUUAGCUCAUCGGAAGCUUGCAUAGCACAGCACCAGGAAAUAAUUUCCUAAACAAAUUGCAGCCCAGAGCAGGGCUGAGCACAGAGCCAGGCAAACACGUGUCGGCUGCUCCGCACUCUCAUCUAGCCAGCCAUAGGAAGCACUGACCUGCAGCCACACUUUGGGCUUUAUUUACUAAACUGCGAAUUGAAGCCAACUGAAAUCAGGACAGUCACAUUCAAGCUAAAAUACCCAGGCUGGGACUAUAGCAGAGAUGGAUUUUUUUUGGUUUUUAUCUUAAAUCAGAUAUUUUUGCCUAAAUUUUGCCAUUAAGUUUUCAAAUUGCUACAAUUGUGAGGAUAAUAAAUAAACCAUAACCAAUGCAAAUAAGCAGGUAAAAGUCUGCUACACUCAAUUUGCUGCUGGUGGUUUGGGAUUUAAAAAAACAAAACAGUUUCUUGAGCACCGGUUGCUUUAUCCUGGCCUUAUGGACUACAGGACUACAAGGAGGUGACAGGCCAACUCAUUGAUUAAAUAGUUAACUAUUAAAUGAAUGUAUUGAUUUGAUUUAGACUGGGAUCUUUAUAUAAUUUGUUCCAAAUAUAUAAUUUUAUAUAAUUUGUCCCUAAAAUAUACUCUAUCUAUCUAUCUAUCUAUGUGUCUGUCUGUCUGUCUCUGUAUAAAUCAGUGUUAUAAGUAGGUUUUAUGUUGGCAGGCUUCCCUGCUGUGUUGAAUCCCGGUGGUCUACCGACCCCCAAAUUCAUUAUCCUAUAACAUGAUAUGUCAUCUGCAACAUACAUACAUACAGUUUAAUAUUGUAAGUGGUUUAAUUUAUUUAUUUCUCAAUAAAUCAAAAGUUCCAAAUAAAACCACAUUGUAUCUUGUAAUAAUUGCCAAUCACUGCUUUAGCAUAAUUAAACAAGGGAAUUUAUUUACAGAAAUUAAAUAUUAAUGGUCAACAUUACUGCAAUUUAAAGUGAGGCUCAGUGGGGGCAAAUACACAAACAUACAGACUUUUAUGAUAUUAUUAAAGAUGGCAAAUUGGUUUACAGUAAACCAGUUACUGAUUUUAAUAAACAUGACUUCUCAUAGAGCUACACAUUAUAAAACCCCAGGGUAGAUAGACCAGCAAUAGGCAGAACCAGCCUGUACACAAACAGCCAUUUAUAUAGCUUACACUAUUAUUUGUAUUAUUAUUAUUAUUAUCAUUAUUAUUAUUAUUAUUAUUGCUAUUUAUUUUAUUUUUUACAUUUUUUAAAAUUAAUGAAUGUCUCUUUUGGAUUAGUGUCUCCUGAAAUGAAAGAACGAAAAGAUGACUUGAAAGUGUUAGAGGAUGAGGGGCAGACUAAAAUCAAGCAGAGAAGGAGUCGGACUAAUUUCACUUUGGAACAGCUGAACGAGUUGGAACGAUUGUUUGAUGAGACACAUUACCCUGAUGCCUUCAUGAGAGAAGAACUGAGCCAAAGGCUAGGGCUGUCUGAGGCCAGAGUCCAGGUACUGGUCAUUAUCUGUCUGAUAUCACCUCCCUGUACCCACUACUCCCAUCACAAGAUUCUUUAUCAUCCAGGGAUCAGCCUUGGCUUUGGCACUGACACUGGUGGUGACGCUGGCUAAGCUUCAUGAGAAUUGCAUUCCACAAGAGUGGGUGUUCGAAAAGUUACCCGUUACCCAUAAUAAACAGCAAUGCUAGCUCAAUAGCUUCUACUACUAAGCCAUUCAAAGCCCACAUUCAGACAAUUUAUUAAUUUUGAUUAAAAAAAAAAAAAAAAUUUUAUAUCGUAAAAUAACGCCUUCAUCUAAACAAAAUAACUAAUGUUGCAGACACCAGUUUUGCAGUAUUUAUAUAAUAUAUCAUUUAUCAGUCAGCUACUGACUCCCAGUCUUUUAGUUAUGUUACUGUUUAUGUGUGGUGACUGCAAUGUGUUCUCCGACUGUAAUAAACUGAAUUAUUAAUAAAUAAGAGCAUUGCGUCAUAUCCAUUUAGUCUGUAAUGUUUGUGCUUUACUUAAUCAAUACAUUCAUUUGGAUUCAAAGUGUAAGAGUCAGCUCUUUAGUUUAGUAGCUAUCCAAUUAUAUAUAUUCGUGUGUGUGUGUGUAUAUAUAUAUAUAUAUAUAAUAUAAUUAUUAUAUAUAUAAUUUGCAAUAUUUAAAUUAUAUUUAGAAAUAUGUAUUAUUUACGCACUUUAUGAAGUAGCCAUAACAAAAAUGAUCAUCCCCAAAUAGUUUAUUCAUGAUAAACUUUGACUAUUUUAUUACUUAAUAAUUUGUAUCUCUAUAUAAUGGAUUCAGACGGCCAGAGACUAGAAGGAGUACUUUCCAAGAUGAAUUAAUAUAAGUAUUUAGAAAUACAUUUUAUUUUAUGAUAGCCCAUCAGACAAUUAAACCGUUCAGUUAAAGAAAUGCAUUAUUUGUGGAUAAUUGUGUUUUUGUCCUGGCCUGUUCUACCCUGUACAUUUCCGUUUGUGCUCUAACUAAUCCCCCAGUACCUCCGGCACCCCCAGUCAUACUUUCCGUAUCUCAGCACAUGGUGUGCUCCUAGUGUUACAAUGUAUCCGUGUUAGUGGCAGACCCCAGAUCUUUGUUAUUAUAGAACCACCAUCUGCACUAGAAUAUGCCAGGGAAUUCUUAUGGGGUUUAUAUGAAUGGGGGACUAGGAUAUAUAGACAGCAGUGAGACUAAGCAAUAAUGAUGCAAGGAUGUGUAUGUAUAGGUGUAUGUGUUUGUGUGUAUUUUAAUUAUUUGUAUGUAUGUGAAUAAUAAUAAAAAAAUAAAAUAAAAUUAAAAAAAAUAUAUAUUACAUUUGCAUGGAAUAAGAGUAUAUAUUUAUAUAUUUUUUUUAUAAAUAUAUUAUAUAAUUUCCAUAAUGAUAUUAUAUAAUAAAAAUAAUAAUAUAUAAUCUUAUUGCAUACAAAUGUGUUAAUUCCACUUGUAACAAGUGUAAUUCUGUUGGUAUCCAGUAAAUACACUAUAUAGAUAAAGCCCAUUACAAUGUUACAAUGUGACCAUUGUUUGGAUUGUAUUUCUAUCGAUCUGUAGUCAGCAUGUAAAAGUUUUUUUUUUUGUUAUUUCUUGUGAUUGGGUGAUGUCUUGGUGUAAUAGCAGUCAUUAUUUGUUCCCUGGUAUUCGGGAACCGUGGUCCAUAUGAGCUGUUGCUGUUCUCUUAGGGAGCAAAUGCGAUUAUCAUAAUAAUGAGACAAUUAUGCAGCUUCUGUGUUAUUGUCUAAUGCACAGAGGAGCAGACAAACCCGAAACGUCUUUGUAGUAAUGCUUUUAUGGCUUCUAAUUAUCCCAAAAUCGCUACUAAUUAAAUGCUUUGGUGUUUCAUUUUUUUAAAAUCACAGCUGAUUGACAUUAUCACUGUGUACUACACACAUAUUAUAGUUUCAUUAUGUGUGUGUGUGUGUGUGUAAUGCAACAUUUUACACAAUAUUUUGUUCAGCAAAGAUUUUAUUCUAACACUUCAUAUUAAUAAAUAUAUUGUUUUUAUAUUUUGCAUAGCAUGUUAUCCAGAUCUAAUGUUCUCUCUCUCUCGUUUUUUAAAAAAAAAUGUAUUAUUAUAAUAAUAGUGAUUCAUUGCCAUGAUUUUUCUUAACUUAGGUCUGGUUUCAAAAUAGAAGAGCAAAAUGCAGAAAACAGGAAAACCAGCUACAUAAAGGUACAUCGAACUUAUUUUUAAAGUAUACUGUAUAUAUAUUUAUAUAUAUAUUCUAGUUUAUUACUAGAGAAAAAUAUAUGCAAAGUGGUGAAUUAUUAAUCUUGACAGAAAGGACUCAAUAUUUAUUAACACAUUGUUAAAAUAGAAACUAAAGUGAUGCAUAUACUAUCUUUCUAUCUAUCUAUCUAUCUGUCUUAUGUGUGUGUGUGUAUAUAUAUUUGUGUGUGUAUUGUAUAUAUGUGUAUAUUAAUAUGUAUGUAUGUCUGUGUAUGUAUAUAUAUAUGUGUGUGUACAUGUUUGUGUCUGUUGUGUUGUUCAGGCUCUGCACAGGUUAACAAUUUGUAGGAUCCAUGCUAUCUGCUUGCCCUGGUGCCCUACACAUGUACUAAUUGUGAGUGCUUUGUAAGGGCAGUUAGCUGUGUUAUAUCAGGAUGCUUGCAUGGUACAGAAGGUGUCCAGCAGCUCUGAUCGUGCUGUCUGUGUCUCAAUGCUCACAGGGGUUCUGAUAGGAGCUGGAAGCCAGUUUGAAGCCUGUCGUGUAGCACCUUAUGUCAAUGUGGGAGCUCUGAGGAUGCCAUUCCAGCAGGCAAGUAUUGUGUUUUACCACUAGCUGUCACACACAUCUGCAUGUCUCAAUUCCUGGAUGAAAAGUAACGAUGUCGAUUCUAAAAGAACUCUAUUAGAACAAUAUAUGGAGAUAUGUGUCAAAAUGGCAUGUGUUUAUAUAAUGGCUGCAAUGAAAGCCUUCUACUUAAUAAUUUAUAGUCUGUACAUGCUGCUCAUUUAGAAAGCAUGACAUCAUUGCUUCCCUUCCCACUAAGGAGCUCUGAUUAGACAAUAUUUCCUAGCGGUAAAAUCAGGGCACAAUUAGUACAUAUCACUGCGUGAUCACAGAGACCAGUUUGGGAAAGUAACUUCGAUUGAUUUUGUUUCAAUAAUAAAUCGCUUUCAUUUUUUAAAAGUCGAUUUCACUGGUUUUGAAGCAGUUUUGUUUUUUGGAUUAAAUAUAUAGAAUAUAUUUUAUUUCUUCAAUAAUUAAGUCUGAUCCCGAUUUUAACCAGAAGGGCUAAAUACACGCUCUGUAUUUGUAGGUUAGAUAAAAUGAAAUUUAGUAAUUUUUUCCAGCACUUUACUCGUGCGAAAAUAUUCGUUUUCUUUUUUUUAUUUCGCUAAUUUAAAAUAGGCUGUUUAAUUUAAUAUACAUUUAUUACAGAAUGCUAUAUCAUUAAAUGUCCCAAGAACAGUAUUGCACACAGUGUUGCACAAUGUAAAUGUUUUAAAUCUAAUUCUUGUAAAUCGUAAUUAUUUGAUUCUAAAAUUAACGGUUAUAAAUCUUUUUUUUUUUAUAGUUUCAUUAUGAAUAAUUAUAAUUUCAUUAUAACUAAUUAUUACUCAUUAUGAUAAAUACAGUUCUGUCAGGGUCUCACUGACUCUUUAAAUUAUAUCAACCAAUUAAACGCUCCGAGUUUAUGAAAUGCUUUUCCAUUUCCUGGAUAAUAAUUUAAACCGCUUAGAACGUUUGGACUGUUUCCUAUCAAAGUUAUUAUAUGUGUCGCACAGUUCAUAAAAAGCAACGUUCCAGAACCCAGUGCAGUGGAACCGUAGCUUUCUAAUGUUUUUUUUUUUUUUAUUGACAAUAGCAAGAAUUCGGAAAUUUGAUUUACCCGCAUUCACAAACCAUCAUUAACAAUAAGGAUCUCAAAUUUGCUUUAUUGACAAUGACAAGGAUUCAUUUUUUUUUUUUACAGUAAUAAGUUUCCAAAAUUUGCUUUAUUAACAAUAACAAAGAUUUAUAAACUUGUUUCAAAACGCCUAAACAAUAACAUGGAACUCAAAACUCCCUCUCAAAAUAUAUAAUCGGUUAUAAAAAUGCUUUAUUAACACAGGAUCCAGACUUUUUACAUUUACCAAUAACAAGAUUUCCUAAGCAGUUUCCCGCCACAAGAAAUAGUGCAUAUCUCACCUCCUAACAGCAUUAAUAUCAUUAUUUUUAUAUAUAUAGCACCUACGUAUUCCACAGCGCUUUACAAUUAUAAAAUGGGGGUAUUUGACAACAAGUUAUUUACAUACGGAAUAUAACAGAGACAAGAGGUGAAGAAGGCCCACUCAAACAAACAAACGUACAGUCCAGGGGAAGGCAACCUUCGGCACUCCAGAUGUUGGGGACUACAUUUCCCACAAUGCUUUUACACCCAUAAUGCUGGCAAAGCAUCAUGGGAGGUGUAGUCUAAAACAUCUGGAGUGCCGAAUGUUGCCUAUGCCUGGUAUAGUCUGUGAGCGUACAUAAAUAGGUGUUAUGCGGACUCUUCAAUUUACCCAGGAUCAAAUAAUCCACAAAUGAUAUGUAGGGCUUCUAAAAUCCGUUUGAUUUGUGUUAAUGCUUUGUUGUUUUUUUUGUUCCCUCCUUGUUGCUCUUGCUUGCCCGCAAUACUAUUUUUAGGAUAGUCAUUGCAACGUGCCAUCCUUGUCCUUCCAGGUGCAGGCACAGUUGCAGCUGGACAGUGCGGUGGCUCACGCCCAUCAUCAUCUCCACCCUCACCUCACAGCACACGCCCCCUACAUGAUGUUUCCAGCUCCGCCCUUUGGCCUCCCGUUGGCAACUUUGGCUGCAGAGACAGCGACGGCUGCGUCAGUAGUGGCUGCGGCAGCUGCGGCCAAAACCACCAGCAAGAACUCCAGUAUCGCAGACCUCAGACUGAAAGCCAAAAAACACGCAGCUGCACUGGGACUGUGACUAGACCCGCAAGGGCCCUUUGCAAGCAGGGCCCUACAGACUUUAUCUCAAACUUUUUAUUUAUGAUCUGGAGUCUCAACCUCAAAACCAAAACCCUCACCUUUAUGUUUCUGAAUGGUGGAGGGAUCCAAAAAAAGACAACCGCCAUCUUGGAUGAGAAGGCAUUCUGGAAAGUCUUUCUCCGCCAAAUACUUGGUUCAUUUUCAAUAUUGGUCCACUAAGUGGUAUCACUAACUAAGAAGUACUGUACUCGCAUUUUUGGCGGUGGGUGAGGGACCAAUAUGACUACAAACAACCAUGUAAUACCAGACACAACACAGAGACAGAACUUUUAAAUAUAUUUCUUAAAUAAUCUAUGAAUUAAGUGAUUUUUUUUAUGCUACUGUGUGAGCAUUGGGAUGGGAAAUCACACACUUUUUUUUUCUGCUGUGGCACUUGAAAAGGGAAGAGCAAAAAAAAAAGUAAAAUAAAAUUGUAAAAAUUCUAUGGACAUAUAAAUAUGGGGGCAAGAAAAGAGGACAUUUUGGGGGGAAUUCACUGGUUUGACACUGACCCUUUUGUGCAAAAGUUCACUUUAAUACAAGGAAAUUUGACAAGUGAGGCGGGCCUCCUUGUAUCACAUCUUCUGGAGUCUCAGACGCACCUGGAAGAACGAAUAGAAUAAUAAAAAAGAAAAAUAAAGUGACAAUUUCUCGGCUGAUUUCUAAUGGCGGAUUGUAUAGCUGACUGUUUGACAGAUACUUGGUUUGCAUGUCCUUGCCAUUUCAUUGAUGCAGUUAUUUGACUUACUUGCACUUCAUCCUCAUCUUUUAUUAGCUAUAAACAUAAAAAGUAAAUAAUUUUGCAAAAAUAUUUUUCCUGGAUAACUGCACAAGACAGAAAAAAACCUCGAAACAAACAGAAAAAUAACAUUAGUAAGUUUUAAAUUGAGAAAUUUGUAUGCUAGAGAGGUGCAAUUGCCUUGGGUAUCCUUUGAAGAGGCUAAAAUGAUGCUUUCAAAAUUGCAAGCGUCAUUUGAGCAACACUGUAAUGACACUGAAUUCAUAAGAACUCGGUGACUUUCUGAUAGGAUUCAAUGCAAUAAGCUGCUCAUUCCCUUUGGAACUCAGAAAGUUAUAGGACUGCUUUUCCAUUUACCGAAUAACAUCAAUGGUAAGAAGAAUAUAGCCAAUUGGUUAUCUUGAUACUUACCAGGAUUGUACUGUAUUAAAGUUGAUAUUUAAGGCACAUCCCAUGCUAGCCUUUGGCUACAUGUAAAAUAAUGUUAAUACACAUGAACAAAGUUUAUUUUGGUUACAUUGUGAAAUUGAUAGUUGAUUGUUAGCAUUUGCAUUUUAAUUUCAUAAAAGGUGUAUUCUAUUCAAGUAUCUUGUGAUCUUUAUUUUGAAUACAUAUUGAUAUUUAAUGUGGGGUACAAGAAAGAGGACAUUUUUUGAGCAGUUUGCAAGGAAACACUAUUUGGAUAUUGUUGAAACUAACGUAAGAAGAGUGUGUUUAAAGCUCUAUAGAUUUUCCUGGGUGGGCUUUGUAUUAAUUUGUUCUCAAUGAAAACAAGUUUUUAUAUAUAUAUAUACAUACCUAUAUAUACACACACAAACACACACAUUUUAUUAACAUUGUG